CACGUGUAUGCAUAAUAUAUGCCAUGUAUGUUGCGUGCGUAACAUAUUCUAUUCGUAAAAUUUGAUUCUCCAAAUCAAUCCGACGUUGAAUCUCUUUGAGUGUCAUUCUCAUCAUAUAUUUUUUCUUUAAAAUACAUUGCCAGUCCAGUCAACUAUAUACGCGACCGAUUCACAUUCCAUACAUUUCUAUGUAUAUAUUCGCGGGUGUUAAUUCCGGAGGUAGACAAAGUCAACAAUGGCGAUGCUCAGGAGAAACCUCGCAUCCAUCUUUUUCUACUUCUUCUUCUUGUUGAACAUUUUAUUCUUUGUCAGAGUUUCAGCAAGAAAAUCCGGAGCCAAAUUUUCUCGGGGGCCAAACAGGAAACGACAUCACGGUGACAAUGUCACGGCCUUGUUCAUAUUCGGAGACUCGUUCUUGGACGCAGGAAACAACAAUUACAUAAACACGACGACGUUCGACCAAGCCAAUUUCCGGCCGUAUGGAGAGACAUUCUUCGGUUUCCCCACCGGGAGAUUCUCUGACGGGAGACUCAUUUCCGACUUCAUCGCCGAAUAUGCGAAGUUGCCGCUAAUCCCGCCGUUCUUGAAACCGGGAAUCAGCAAAGAGAACGUCUACGGAGUGAACUUUGCUUCUGCUGGGGCUGGGGCUCUUGUCGAAACAUUCAAAGGAUCGGUGAUAAGUCUCAAAACACAACUCGAUCAUUACAAGAAAGUAGAAAAAAUGUGGAGGAGAAGAUAUGGUAAAGAGGAAGCCAAGAAGAGAAUUUCAAGAGCGGUCCAUUUGGUAAGCAUCGGGAGCAAUGACUACUUGAGUCCUUUCUUGACCAACCGGUUAUCUCUAAUUCCCAGAUCCAAAUCCCGACAUGUCGGUAUGGUUAUGGGCAAUUUAACCGCAUUCAUUAGAGAAAUAUAUAAGAUCGGAGGGAGGAAAUUCGGUGUCCUGAAUGUGCCGGAUUUGGGUUGUCUUCCGGUUAUGAGAGUACUUAAACCGGAAAAGGACGGUUCUUGCAUCGGAGAAGCUUCAUCAUUAGCAACAAUGCACAACAAAGCUCUGUCGAAGCUUCUCUUUCAACUGGAGGAACAGCUCAAGGGCUUCAAAUUUUCAUCCUUGGACAUGAACUCAAGCCUUGGACUCAGAAUGAGAUAUCCUUCGAGAUUUGGGUUUAAAGAAGGGGAGGGAGCAUGUUGUGGAGCAGGGGAAUAUAGAGGAGUAUUCAGCUGCGGAGGAAAGCGAUUGGUGAAGGAAUUCGAAUUAUGCGAAAACCCUAAUGAUUACGUAUUUUGGGAUUCUAUACAUUUCACUGAAAAAACUUAUGAGCAGAUCGCCACUUUGUUUUGGGAUGGCGAAAGAGAAGCGAAUUCUCUUGCGGUCGGUCCUUACAGCAUCAAGAAACUAUUUCAGAUUCCCUGAUGUAAUAGUUGAAUUAAAUUUCAGAGUAAUCUAUUUUUUUUAAGGAA